UGAAAAUAUUACAGUAGAUCGGCAAUUGACGAAAUGAAUGCAUUAAGAAAGCAGGCGUCGAAUCUCGGAGAACAGGCCGUUCGCGUAACAGACGCCGUUCGUGCUCUGGCCAACUUUUACGCUGCACAGCUCCUAUCAUGUUCCAACCAAAUCCCAACCUCGUAUUCCAAUGUCCGAAUGAUUCAUGCCCAUAUGAUCGCUUCUGGGUUCAGGCCGCAGUCUCAUAUCCUCAACCGUUUGAUGGAUUUGUAUUGCAAAUCGUCCAACCUUGUAUACGCACGCCAACUGUUCGAUGAAAUUGCAAAACCAGAUAUUGUUGCCAGAACAACCUUUAUUACUGCAUAUUCCGCUUCUGGAAAUCUAAAGCUGGCAAGAGAAAUAUUUAACAGCACUCCUUUGAAUACUCGAGAUACAGUUUGCUACAAUGCCAUGAUAACAGGCUGUGCUCAUAAUGACGAUGGUAACGCUGCUAUUGAGCUCUUUCGUGACAUGAAAAGAAACAAUUUUCAGCCAGAUAACUACACCUACACAAGCAUGUUAUCCGGGUUGUCUCUUAUAGCUGAGCACGAAUUACAUUGUCAGCAGCUACACUCUGAAAUUGUGAAGUCGGGAACCGGGUUUGUCACAUCGGUUGUAAACUCUCUUAUUUCUCUUUACGUCAGGUGUGCUUCUUCACCUUUCGUAACACCUUCUUUAUUAAUGGAUGCUGCACAGAAACUGUUUGAUGAAAUGCCACAUAAAGACGAGUUAUCAUGGACUACAAUAAUCACAGGGUAUAUAAGAAAUGACGAUUUACACGGUGCAAGCCAAGUCUUUGAUGGCCGAAUCGAAGAAGCCCGAUUGGUAUUUACCAAAAUGCCCGAAAAGAACCACGUGACAUGGAGUGUGAUGAUAUCAGGAUUUGCCCAAAACGGAUCAGGAGAAGAGGGUUUGAAGCUUUUCAACCAAAUGAAAUCAACCGAAUGUCAACCAUGUGAUUAUUCAUUAGCAGGCGCGAUUAAAUCAUGUGCAGCUAUCGCGUCACUAAACCAUGGACGCCAGCUCCAUGCUCAACUUAUCCAAUCAGGGUUUGAGUUGAGCCUUUCCGCUUCCAAUUCUUUAAUCACAAUGUACGCACGAUGUGGGGUUCUUCAAGAUUCACAGUCUGUAUUCCUUACAAUGCCAUGUUUAGAUUCAGUUUCUUGGAACGCGAUGAUUGCAGCUUUCGGGCAGCACGGGCAUGGUGCUCGGGCAGUUGAGCUUUUCGAAGAAAUGCUAAAAGAGGACAUAGUUCCUGACCGAAUAACAUUCCUUACGAUUCUUUCUGCUUGUAGCCACUCGGGUUUAGUUGACCAAGAGCCGGGAAAUUCAACGAAGCGAAAAACGUGA